AUGGCAAAGAUGAAUCGAUCUGGGUCUGCCACCCCUCCCGAUGGAGGCUGGGGCUGGAUGAUUGUGGCUGGCUGUUUCCUAGUUACCAUCUGUACCAGGGCAGUCACCCGAUGUAUCUCAAUAUUUUUUGUGGAGUUCCAGACAUACUUUUCUCAGGAUUAUUCACAAACAGCAUGGAUCCAUUCCAUUGUAGAUUGUAUGACAAUGCUCUGUGCUCCACUUGGGAGUGUGGUCAGUAACCAUUUAUCCUGCCAAGUGGGAAUUAUACUGGGUGGCUUGCUUGCAUCUACUGGUUUCAUCUUGAGCUCAUUUGCCACCAGCCUGAAGCAUCUCUACCUCACUCUGGGAGUUCUUACAGGUCUUGGAUUUGCACUCUGUUACUCUCCAGCUAUUGCCAUGGUGGGCAAGUAUUUCAGCAGACGGAAAGCCCUUGCUUAUGGGCUUGCCAUGUCGGGGAGCGGCAUUGGCACCUUCAUCCUGGCUCCUGUGGUUCAGCUCCUCAUUGAACGGUUUUCCUGGCAGGGAGCAUUACUCAUUCUUGGGGGAUUUGUUUUGAAUCUCUGUGUUUGUGGUGCCUUGAUGCGGCCACUCGCUGUUAAAGAGGACCAUUCCAGUCCUGAGCAGAACCAUACCUGUCUAAAUGAGAAAGAAGACUCCAAGCGGACAUCUCCCUAUUCACCUUUCACCAAAGAAUGGGUGCAGACUUGCCUUUGUGGCUCUUUACAGCAGGAAUACAGCUUUUUACUGAUGACAGACUUUGUGGUGUUGGCCAUCUCUGUUCUGUUUAUGGCUUAUGGCUGCAGCCCACUUUUUGUUUAUUUGGUGCCUUAUGCUUUGAGUGUUGGAGUAAGUUACCAGCAAGCUGCUUUUCUUAUGUCCAUACUUGGAGUGAUUGAUAUUGUUGGCAACAUCACAUUUGGAUGGCUAACUGACAGAAGGUGUCUGAAGAAUUACCGGUAUAUUUGCUACCUCUUUGCUCUGGGACUAGACGGGCUAUGCUAUCUCUGCCUCCCAAUGCUUCAAAGUCUUGCCCUCCUUGUGCCUUUCUCUUGUAUCUUUGGCUACUUUGAUGGAGCCUAUGUGACCUUGAUCCCAGUAGUAACUGCGGAAAUAGUGGGAACCACCUCUUUGUCCUCAGCACUCGGUGUGAUAUACUUCCUUCAUGCCGUGCCAUACUUGGUGAGCCCACCCAUUGCAGGGUGGCUGAUGGAUAAGACUGGCAGCUACACUGCGUCAUUCCUUCUCUGUGGAUUUUCCAUGGUCUUUAGUUCUGUAUUGCUUGGCUUUGCAAGGCUUGUAAAGAAGAUGAAAAGAACCCAGCUGCAGUUCCUUGCCAAAGAAUCAGAACCCAAGCUUCAGCUAUGGACCAAUGGAUCAGUGGCUUAUUCUGUAGCAAGAGAAUUAGAUAAGAAAGAUGAGGAAGCCCUGGCUACUGCAGUGCCUGGCUAUGACCUCACAUGACCAACAAAUGGCUUGGCGCCCAAUGGAGUUGGGGCCACAAGACUGUUCACUUUUCAACAAAGUAUUGCCUUCUGAGAAGCAUUAUUAUCCUGCUUUUGUUAACAUAUUUAUAAAGAAAAGUAGCAAAUAAUAUAAUAAUAACAACAACAACAACUCAACUUGCCUAGAGUUUCCUCAUUUGGGAGUUGUAUUCAAAAUCUAAAUGGGAUCUUUAGGCAAUGGAGCAUAGCUCCAUAUAAGAACACAGCAGAUAUUAUUAGCUGUGAUUAGGAAAGACUCUUAGACAUAACCAAAGCAGAGAACACUGGGCAGAAGCAUUUCAGCUGAAAGUCUCUGCCUCUCUGUCUUUCCUCCUCUGAAGGCAAACAGAAACACUGACAUUGUACUGUUUGAGAAGGUGGGGACAGAGUUCACUCAGGUGUGGCAGUAGAGAUGCCAAGCCUUUUCAUGGCAGAGUUUCUCAUUAAAGGUUUAAAUUGAGUGGCCAAAGAAUACUUGAAAUUCUUCUAAAGACUAUGAGUAAUGCAGACAUAGAGACUUUUAUUUCCCUCUUAAUCUUCCAGCCAGACUUUGUCUUUGCCAAGAAGUAGAUAUCACUUUGAGAAUAAAACAAACAAGCAAACAACAAAAACCAAAACCCUGAAAUGGCAUGGUUGG